AUGUUUUGUGAUAUAACACAAACAAGUAUUACUUGGGAGUGCAACGUAGCACAGGAGAACUUUAACAACGUCCCACAUGGGAAUUAUAACAACGUCCCACAUGGGAAUUAUAACAACGUCCCACAUAGGAACUAUAACAACGUCCCACAUGGGAACUAUAACAACGUCCCACAUGGGAACUACAACAACGUCCCACAGGAGAACUUUAACAACGUACCACAUGGGAACUAUAACAACGUCCCACAUGGGAACUACAACAACGUCCCAAAGGAGAACUUUUACAACGUCCCACAGGAGAACUAUAACAACGUCCCACUGGAGAACUUUAACAACGUCCCACAUGGGAACUAUAACAACGUCCCACACGAGAACUAUAACAACGUCCCACACGAGAACUAUAACAACGUCCCACUGGAGAACUUUAACAACGUCCCACAUGGGAACUAUAACAACGUCCCACUGGAGAACUUUAACAACGUCCCACAUGGGAACUAUAACAACGUCCCACACGAGAACUAUAACAACGUCCCACACGAGAACUAUAACAACGUCCCACUGGAGAACUUUAACAACGUCCCACAUGGGAACUAUAACAACGUCCCACACGAGAACUAUAACAACGUCCCAAAGGAGAACUUUUACAACGUCCCACAGGAGAACUAUAACAACGUCCCACUGGAGAACUUUAACAACGUCCCACAUGGGAACUAUAACAACGUCCCACAGCAGAACUAUAACAACGUCCCACUGGAGAACUUUAACAACGUCCCACAUGGGAACUAUAACAACGUCCCACACGAGAACUAUAACAACGUCCCACACGAGAACUAUAACAACGUCCCACUGGAGAACUUUAACAACGUCCCACAUGGGAACUAUAACAACGUCCCACUGGAGAACUUUAACAACGUCCCACAUGGGAACUAUAACAACGUCCCACACGAGAACUAUAACAACGUCCCAAAGGAGAACUUUUACAACGUACCACAUGAGAACUAUAACAACGUCCCACUGGAGAACUUUAACAACGUCCCACAUGGGAACUAUAACAACGUCCCACACGAGAACUAUAACAACGUCACACGGGAUAACUUUAACAACGUCCCUUAUGGGAACUAUAACAACGUCCCACAGAAGAACUAUAACAACGUCCCACAGGAGAAUUAUAACAACGUCCCACAUGGGAACUUCAACAACGUCCCACUGGAGAACUUUAACAACGUCCCACAGAAGAACUAUAACAACGUCCCACAUGGGAACUUCAACAACGUCCCACUGGAGAACUUUAACAACGUCCCACAGGAGAAUUAUAACAACGUCCCACAUGGGAACUAA